AUGCUUCUCAAACACUUUCUCCUGGGCGCACUUCUUGCCCUGGGCUCCGUCACUGCACUUCCCAACCCCGAAGCCGACCUUCAUGACGUCGAGGCCAGAGAUAACAAGCACCACCGCCCCCGUUGCGGCAAGGACGCCGACUUUAAUGAUAUAAAGAAUAAGUGCAUCUGCAAGGACGAGGGCAAAGAGUUCCAUCGCGAACACAAGAUAUGCCGCUGCCCCGAGGACCAAAUGAAGGAUCCUGAUGAUCCCCAUAAGUGCGUUUGUAAGGACCAGGACAAGGUGUUGAUGAGGGGCGUAUGCAAAUGCAAGGGAGACUUGGAGUCGAGACAUGGCAAGUGCAAGUGUCCCCAGGGAACCCGUCGGCACGGAGACAAGUGCAUCUGCAAGGACCAGGACAAGAAGUUGAUAAUGGGGGUAUGCAAAUGCAAGGGAGACUUGGAGUCGAGACAUGGCAAGUGCAAGUGUCCCCAGGGAACCCGUCGGCACGGAUACAAGUGCAAGCGUCACGGGCAUUGA